AUGGUAAAUGAUUUACCAACGGUGGUCAGAUCAAGGUGUCUUCUAUUUGCUGAUGACCUUAAGUUGUCAGCAGUAGUUAAAGACACAGCUGAUCGUGACAUGCUGCAGCACGACUUGGACAAAGUCACUGAAUGGAGUCACUGCAAUAAACUAUAUUUCAAUAUUUCAAAGUGCUCGGUGCUUUCAUUUGCCCGCACACUAAACCAACAACACCAUCAGUACAGCAUGAACGGGGAGCUGCUGCAGCGUGUCACGGAGGUAAAGGAUUUAGGUAUCCAUUUCUCCAGCGACUUAAGGUUUCGUAAACAUGUGGUAUAUGUUUGUAAGAAGGCGUACAGGAAUCUGGGAUUUGUGCUGCGUCAGGCAAAUGAUUUCACGAAUAUCAGCGCAUUAAGGGCUUUGUACGAGGCUCUUGUGAGGAGUCAUCUGGAAUACAGUGCGACCAUCUGGAGUCCGAGCGAAAUAAAAUAUAAAACAAUGCUCGAGCGGAUACAAAAUAAAUACAUCAGAUUUAUGUAUUUAAAAAUAUAUGGGAUAUAUCCGGGAUACCCGUUACUGUAUCCCACCUUAUUCUGUCUCGGUAUGGUGGGGUACUACAAAUUGGAAGUCAGGCGUGAAGUGGCAUCGGCAACUUAUCUUCUGAAGGUUUUAAGAGGUAACAUACAAAACUCUGGUAUACUUUCAGAGAUAGGUUUUUGUAUGCCGGACGACUAUGUGGCGCGGCGGCGCCGGCCGCGGCUGCUGGUGGUGCCGCGGGCGCGCACCAACCUGCUGGAGCGCGCGCCGCUCACUCGUGCUUUGCGCACUCUUAACACGGUGGCUGAUGUCGUAGACAUAUUUAACUGUACACUGAGCGAGUUCACAAGGACCACUUAUUCUAUAGUGUGUAAGGAAAUAUAG